GAAGCAGAGACACAAAGAGAGAAGCAGGGGAGGACUCGGAGGCUGAGCCGUAGGGAGGGCGAUUAGAGCCAGAGUCUCCUAAGGAAGAUCAGAGCCCCCCCCAUUGGAGCCAAGCCGGCAGCCGCACCCCCUGCCCGCAGCCCGGGAAGCAAGUAAUCCCCAUCCAGGAGGAGGAAGAGAAGACAAAAGGGGAUUUCAGCUCUGAAGUGACAGCAAGGGAAAGGAGAAGCCGCAGCAGAGGGAGAGAAAAGCUCAGGCAGAGCAGAGCUGCAGGUUCCCCAAGGCACCCACCCGGCAGCAGGUCCCCAGGAAGGGAGACCCCACCACACACAGGCCUUCCAGCUGUUGGCUUGCUCUCUUCUGCCUUUGAUGCCAUGGGUAACAGCUUCUCCAGCAUCCCUGCACUGCCCAGAGGCAACCAGAGCAGAUUCCACAGGGUCCACCACCAGCACCUCAAAGACUCUCUAGGUGGACCCUUUCCGGCUUCUUCUCACCGAUGCCACCACAAGCAGAAGCAUUGUCUGCCCAUCACGCAGUGUGGAGCUUUGUCGAUCAGCCCGCUGCUUUUCCAUCCCCAUGCCAAGGGGUCUCAGAUCAUCAUGGACACGGCACAGAAGGCAGUGAAGCGGCAGGCCAGCUUCUGCAACGCCAUUACCUUCAGCAACAGGCCUAUCGUGAUCUACGAGCAGGUCAGGUUAAAGAUAACAAAGAAGCAGUGUUGCUGGAGUGGGGCUCUCCGACUCGGAUUUACUUCCAAGGAUCCCUCCCGGAUUAAUCCUGACACAUUGCCAAAGUACGCUUGCCCGGAUUUGGUUUCCCAGAGUGGAUUCUGGGCCAAGGCCCUGCCAGAAGAGUUUGCAAAUGAAGGAAACAUCAUAGCAUUCUGGGUGGACAAAAAGGGCCGGGUGUUUUAUCGGGUCAAUGACUCUGCUGCGAUGUUGUUCUUCAGUGGGGUGAGGAUCACGGAACCCCUGUGGGCUUUGAUUGACGUGUAUGGACUCACCCGUGGGGUGCAGCUAUUAGACAGUGAAAUUAUUCCUCCCGACUGCCUGCGUCCGAGAUCUUUCACUGCAAUUCGCCGGCCCUCACUGCGCAGGGAGACAGAGGACACCCGGCUCUCCGUGAGCCUCUGCGAUCUCAACCUCCAGGAAGAGAACUUUCAUGUGCUGGCCACCAUGUGUCCCAUCCCUCAGAACUCCCUCAAUUCUCAGCAUUCCCAUCUCUUCCCAUCCCAGCUCGAAAGUGACCUCCGCUUCCACCAGCUCAGGGGAGCCCAUAUCAAAAUCCUGGACGACCAAACUGUGGCCCGGCUGGAACAUGCCCGGGAAGAGAGGACUUUGGUUUUCACCAGCAGACCCCUUAGAAUCAAUGAAACAAUUUUUGUCAAAAUUAACAAAUCCAAUGCCUCCCGCUCCGGCACACUGUCAUAUGGAGUGACCUCUUGUGACCCUAGUACUCUGAGGCCCAGUGACCUUCCUUAUAACCCAGAGUCAUUGGUUGACAGGAAGGAAUUCUGGGCAGUCUGUAGAGUCUUGGUGCCCCUCCAGAGUGGAGAUAUCUUGGGGUUUAUGGUGAAUUCGGAAGGUGAACUGCAUUUGAGUCAUAAUGGUGCCAGCGCUGGCAUGCAGGUCUGCGUGGACUGUUCCCAGCCCCUCUGGAUGUUCUUUGGUUUACAUGGAGCAGUUAUGCAAAUUCGAGUAUUGGGUUCCACUAUAUUGGCCGAGCGACUGGGCCCAUCUACACCGAGCUCUCCCAUUUCAGCCCCAAAUUCCCCCACGGUUCUCUGCAGCGGGGUUUCUGAUCCAAUCCUGAGUACGUGUGGCUCCGGUCUGCUCUGCAGCUCUAUCAGCGGCACAGCGCCAAACUCCCCGGUCAGCAUGCCGGAGUCACCCAUCUCCCCAUCUGGCUCAGGGGUCUGGGGGGAUGAGUGCACCAUCUGCUACGAGAACAUGGUAGAUACCGUCAUUUACUCCUGCGGACACAUGUGUUUCUGCUACCCGUGUGGGCUGAAACUCAAGAAGAUGGCCAACGCCUGCUGCCCGAUUUGCAGACGGGCCAUCAAGGAUAUCAUCAAAACUUAUCGCAGCACUUAGAACAGCAGCAUGGAUUGGGGGGGACUGCAAGGGGGGGCAGUCGUGAGAGGAGCAAGGGGGUCUCUGUCUUCACUCAUCAUUUGUGAAAUUCAACAUCUGAACCACCCCAAGGAGGCUGGAGGCAGGGAGGGGAGGGUUCUGCUGGUGACGGCUCUUCCACUUCCCCUGCCCCCAAUGAGGUCUGAACUCCAGCACAUCAGGGAAGUCAAGCUGAACCACGCUUUCCAAUGGGCUUUACAUUUUAAUCUCAAGAAAACAGCUGGAGCCAUUCUUCCUGUUCCACACCAUGCCCAGGGAUGUCCCCGCUGCUCAGCCAGCAGGAAAGGUGCAGUGAGGCACACCUUCUGCCCCCUGGACAGCGACAGUAGGCAGCUGGUGAGUGGCAGUAAUACAGAGAAGAAAGGCGGCUGUUUGGGGGCAACUGACGCCAUUUCACAAAAGCCUCUUAAAAGGGCAGGGCUGCGUGGACCGUUCAGAAGUGCUGAGUGUCCGGCAGGAGUGCUGACAGCAAAGGGUGUGAAAGGGCGAGUUUGGCAGGAGAUAAAUUAUAAAGCCAAACCCUUUUGCUGGUAGCAAACACCCAGGAGCCCUGCUUGCUCGAUGCUCUCCUGUGAGCGGUGGCUGGAAAUUGAUGUGCUGAGUGCUUGGUGGGGUUGGGGGAGUGGGCCCAUGAAUUUCUGGUAGUGGAGAAAUGCAUUGGGGGCAGCGGAUGGGUGUGCAGCAUGUGGUUCCUGCGAAAGACUCUGGUGUGGGCAUGGCUCUGCGUGUUGCCGUCCAGCGAGGUGACGGGGUUACGUUUUCAGCAGCAGUGCCCCAGCAGCCUGGCUCAUUGUGGCACUGCAUGACUAUAACCCCACUGCACCGAUGCUUGCUCCUGAGUUCUCCCUGCCCUUCCUGUCACAAGCCAAAGGCCUCUCCCCCGAGCCCUCAGUCAGCACUUGCAAAAAACACUGAGGAAGAAUGUCUACAAACACAACACCUCCUGCCCCCCCCCCCCCACUCUGUUUUUAUGGUAGAGUGUUAAAUGUCUCUCUCUGCUUUAAAGGAAGGAAACUUGGUUAGUGAUUACACGCUCUUGGCCACACUGCAGUGACAGGGUGGUCAACGCACUUAGUCAUCAACAAGCAAAAAAGGAAGAAAGUGGCUUAAAAUGGAUUUUGUUUCUUUGUUUUAACGAAGGAGCUUCUGCUCACUCAAGGGCCGGAGGGGGGGGCGAGAACUGGUUUGCUGCUGCUCCUGCUGCCGCCCCAUCAGUGACCAGAUUCUCUGCAUCCCACCCAUUGUAUGUCUCUAUCUGUGAGUCCUUCUGACCACUCAUACUAGGACAGUGUAGUACUGGGCGGCUGCUGGGCUCACUCAGGCUGCAAUCAUCUCAGUUUAGAUCUGUCAGUCCUCCCUGGUCCACAGCUGCAACACGAGCAAGGCACGCCUCAUCCCUCUGGGGCCAAGCAGCCCCACCUGCGUGCCCAUUGAGUUCACGAGGCUCAGCGUAGUGGCAAACUCAAGGCCUAGUGAUUUUGUGUCUAACUGGGGACACCGUAAAGUGGCCUCGUUUUCAGAACACGACAAGCCCCAUCAGGCAACCAGGCUCCUCUGCACAAACUUGAAUGCGGCACUAAUGAAAAUCUUGGAUGAGGGGCUUGACCUCAGCUAGCUCCCAUUGACUUCAAUGGGAGAUCAAGCAAGGCCUCAGCUUGGUGGGAAGUCUUCGAAGGAGCAGGCCUGCUGCUUUCCAGAGGGCUGCACAUCAGGGAAGGCAAGCAAGAUGUGGCUCAUUUAUACUCUUCUCUAGUGUUAAUGGCCCCCGAACACACAUCUUAGCCCUCGUCUAGCAUUGACAGAUCAUGGGCUCAGUCACCUUGGACCACGGCGGUAGCUCAUGUACCUCUGCGCUGCCCCUUGACUGCAAUGAGAGCGUGGCCAGUGCAGGCCGAGGCCUUUUGCAUUAGGUGCAGGCCUCUCAAAGCAAACUCACCGACAGUUCUAGUAGACGCUGUGACCUGGUAACCCUGGGAGCAAGAGGAGUUAAUUAUCGGCACAUCAGGCCCCAUGUGCAUUUCAGGGCAUGGUCUGUUUCCCUCCCCAAGAAGCAUUGAAAUGGAGAGCUUUGUUAUACACAGGGAAGUAGCUCUGCUCAGUAACACAUGAUGCAGAUUUGCUACAAAACAUGAUCAAAGUGCUGCUGCUCCCAACAGCGCGACUGCCCACACGGCCUCCUUUUCAUGAGUGCAACAUAGUUUUCAGGAGGAAGCCUGUGGCUGAGGUAGAGCCAGACUACAAAAGGGCCCGCACAUUUGUAAGUAACUGAAAGUGUAGCAGCUGAACAAAUAGCAUCUGUCUGCCCUAAGUACCAGGGCCCAGCUCCUCCACUCUUGCUAAACUGCCUAUUACCGGCUGAGCGCUGGUCCAAGACAUGAUCCUUACAGCGAGGCAUGAGAGCUCUCUGUGGCCUCUGUUGCAUUACAAAGCAGGCACGUUCUUCACAGGAGACAGCACGCCCACUCCUGCAUGCCUAACGCGGGCAAAACUCACCUGCUUCCGGGAACUGGGCAAAGGCAACCACAGGCUCAGACACCUGUCAGGAGCAAAUGGGGAGACAUGUUGGUGAUGAGCUGGGGAGAGGGUGUUACAUAAAACUGGGUUGGUUUUUGCUUUUCAACAUUACUUUUCUUUGUAAUAUAUCACCAGCUGGCUGGUGGGGAAGCUGGGAUGUGCAUGGAGAAGGGAAAAAAAAACUCCUAGCAGAAGCAUCAUGAAAUUAAUACCUAAUUAUUUUCACAAUGAAGUACUGUAGCAAUGUAAGCAUCUAUCCCCCCGCACCCACCACCCCCAGCUGCAGCUGGAUAGCUCCCCACACACACAUACUCAGCUGAUGCAGGUGUAUCAGCCGCUCUCUUGGUGUGCAGCAAACAAUCCUCUUGUGCCAGUAGAUUUUGGCCAAUAGUCACAAAUACUGUAUUUGUUUCUAUAUUGUAGAUUUUAAUAUAUAAGUAGAGUUAUGGCACUGGAGUUAAUUCCCCUGCCACUACUGCAGCAUCCUCACCGACAGCUGGCUGCGGAAAGGAGCAACUCCGUGUAGAGGCAGAGCUAUGCAGAUUUUCUUAAUAAAAGUUAGCGGGAUGCUGCUACUGUGCGUGGAAAGCCCCUAUCUCCCCAGAGAUUGGUUUAGCUGGUGAAUGUAUUUUUAAGCAUCACACUUAACAGGGAUGGUGUUGUGCCUAACCCCACUUGUGGGAAUCCCAGCAGAGCCCCACCUUUGGCAUGCAGCGGAUGUGGUUCCUACAUUUUAAUUCUUACAGCACCUGAAAUUCCCACAGCGCUGCAGCAGUAAAUGACAGGGGCAAGGCUCUCCCACUGUACGCACGUGAACCAGCCCUUUGGGUCAGACAGGCCCUGCCCCUGCGUGAGCAUUGCAGGAGUGGACACCAAACUCAUCUCAGCUACAAUAUGGGCUUUCCCCAUCUGACUACGUGCAAACACUUGGUGGCUUUCGAUGACAAUAAUCACUGACCUGCCCAAACACCAAGAGCAGAGAGACAGCUCCAGCGCAUAUACCAGCAGCUGUCCCUAACCUUGCAGGCCCCGGACCAGUGCAGCAGAGCCCUAACAAGGAAUUUUUGCACCCGAGGCAAGGGUUAGCUCCAGGCCCUUGGGCAGCGGGUCCCUGCGUCCAUCUCGGAGAGACGGAUCCGCCGCCGGAUUGCUGCUGCCACUUCAUUCGUUCAUUCUUCCACCGCUGAUCACGGCAGAGCUGCACCCCUCCACUUUGCGUGCCCGAGGCAAGUGCCUCGCUCGCCUUGCUCUUGUUACGGCAUUGCAGGGCAGAGCUAAGAGCGUAAGGAAGCGGGCAUGGGAGGGAAAUGAGCACAUAUAUAUAUAUAAAACUAAUGCAGUCAGCACCAUCUCCAGUCAGUCUGCCCCGCCUGGGCUGGUUCAUGGCUACAUCGUGACUUUUAAAGACGGUACAAAUGGGGAGGAGUGGUCACAGGGCACCCGCAGCCCUGAUUGAAUUGAGUGUGUUUAUAUGUAGUAAAACGUGUGUGUUUUAUGGUGGAUCGAACACCAGGCGUUAGCAGGAGCUUCGUCAAGUAGGCUGGGGAGUUAGGAGAGGGCUACACGGAGCCUGGAUGCAGACUCGGGGGUGAGCUCAAGGGCCCUUCUGCUCCCACACAAAUCAGUCCGACUCAACUCAGGAAGCACUAGGAUUGCCAACUUCCUAGACGCACAAAACUGAACAUCCCAGCCCCCGCUCUCCCACUACCCUUGCUGUCCUCCAAGCUCAGUGGGCUGGGGUGGGGGCUUUAACUGAGCGUGCGGGCUCCAGGAUGGGGCUGAGAGAUUUGGCAUGCAGGUGGGGGCUGUGAGUUGGGGGUGCGGGUUUUGCAGGGGCCAAGGGCAGGGGCAUGGGCUUACCUCAGGCAGCUCCUGGUUGUGGGGAGAGGGCAUGCUAAUGCAGGCUGCAUGCCUGUCCUGGCACUGGCCGCUGCAUGCCCUGGAAGCAGGCGUCUCCACGUGCCGCUCUCACCCACAGGCACCGACCUCCACCACCACCACCAGUGUUUGAGGCAGGGGCAGCCUGCAGAGCCGCCUUGUGCCCCCGCCCAGGUGCCAGACUCGUCCUACUGGACACUUCCAGGGCACAGCGCAGUGCCAGUCAGGACAGGUAUGAACUAGCCUGCCUUUGCGCCGCAGACUGGGCUUUUAACGGACGAUUGGUGCUGACUGGAGCUGCCAGGGUCCCUUUUCGACUGGGUGUGCUGGUUGAAAAAUGAGAGACCUGGUCCCCCUAGGGAGCACCCAGCUCUCUGCUAGGAGAGCAGGUCAGUGCCUCAGUACUGCUGUGACCUGGGCCAAACCCUGUCACUUUGUCAAGUCAGGUGGUCUGUCCAUGGCUGUGAGAUCUGGGGCUAGUACUUGUACUGCAGUGUGGGUGCUGAACCACAGGCUUGGAAACACAGUCGCACAGCCUGGGGCUUUGGUGGGCUGAGCAGACAUGCCAUCAGGGGCUGCUCCUCUUCCGCUGGAGUUUGGCUAAUGCCACAGUUGAAGCAGGAUCCGGCCCAGGGAGCAGCAGAGUUAGGCUUGCUCCGAGCAGAAGUAGUAACAAAACAAAAAACUUUAAUUUCUGUUGAAUUGGUGUCGGUUCCAAUGUGUGCUGGUGUCAGCUCCAUUUCCUUGUUUUAUUUUACAGUAGUUUGUGUUCUAGCAGAAAAAUUCAUUCUGUGACAAUUGGAUAACUGUGAUUGUGAAUAAAGGUGA